AUGAAUAACUUCGAUUUAAAUAAAGUUUGGGUUGAAUUGCAAACGAGUCACCCUUAUCUUGUCGAGAUUAUGAACGCAGUGUCUGGCAAGGAGAAGUCCGCCGCAGAAACAAAGCGCGAGCUUCAAGUAAAGUACAGUUUUCUUUACUCGAUCCUCAUGAACGAACUCAACCUGGUGAAACGUUUGAAUUCAGUUCUCAUCAUUGAAUGUGAAUGUACCAAAAAGGUAAUUCCCAGCUAAUGAUACGUGUAUAACAUUGCAUUGUUGUCCUUAAUCAAUUGCCAUAGUCACAGUGCAGUAUUUAUUAUUCACCAGUGUAAUCAUGCAUUGAAUACAAUCUGCGUUUUAUCCUCUUUUCAAAUAAGCUCUGCAGAAAUUUUAUUAUCGUGAGGUAGUUUUUGUCAGUUAGGUUGUGAUUGCGAUUCUAAUUGAAAGAUUCAUCCAGAAAAAUAUUGUAACUGAUAUUCAUGAUGAAGUUGUGAAAUAGGAGGUUACUGCAUGUGCAUGUGUAGUUAAUUUCUGCUUCCCUUGUAAUCCCUAGCUUCAAGAACGACUGAACAUACUUGGUGUGUGCCUGUCAUCUGGGAGAAGGGACACCCUGCUGAAGCUCUUAUGGGGUCACUUUUCAGACAAAGUGGUGCAGAAAAUAAAGAGAGGUAGUGUGUUCCGAGAUACUGGUGACAAUUGGGACUUGAAAAUUUUGAAAGGACACAUGAGAAAGGAAAUUCAGAACGAGGAUCUGCACUUAUUUGCCAGUAACUUGAUUGAGAACCAAAUUAACUUCAACCCCUAG